AGCUCCGACCAGCGUCUCGGCGGCGCGGCAGGAUUCACAGAUGGAUUCAGUGGACAAGACAACAAACAGAAGUGAACAGAAGUCAAGAAAGUUUCUAAAAAGCCUUAUCCGGAAACAGCCCCAGCAGCUGCUCCUGGUCAUCGGGACAGGUGUCAGUGCAGCUGUGGCCCCAGGGAUCCCGGCCCUGCGCUCCUGGCGAGGCUGCAUUGAGGCCGUGAUUGAGGCUGCGGGGCAGCUGGAGGUGCUGCACCCCGGGGACAUCGCCGAGUUCCGGAGGAAGGUGAUGAAGGACCGUGACCUGCUGGUUGUCGCCCAUGACCUCAUCCGCAAGAUGUCACCUCGCACAGGUGACACCAAGCCCAACUUCUUCCAGGACUGCCUCAUGGAGGUCUUCGACAACCUGGAGCAGCACAUCCAGAACCCCCUGGUGCUGCAGUCCAUCCUCACCCUGAUGGAGCGCGGCACCAUGGUGCUGACCACCAACUACGACAACCUGCUCGAGAUUUUUGGGCAGCAGCAGAGCAGGCCCAUGGAGUCCCUGGACCUCAAGGACAAGGCGAAGGUCCUCCAGUGGGCCCGAGGGCACAUCCGGUACGGCGUGCUGCACAUCCAUGGCCUGUACACGGACCCGUGUGGGAUGGUGCUGGACCCAUCAGGGUAUAAGGAUGUGACCCAGGACCCUGAAGUCAUGGAAGCCCUGCAGAACCUGUACCGCACCAAGUCCUUCCUGUUCGUGGGCUGUGGGGAGACACUCCGGGAUCAGAUCUUCCAGGCCCUCUUCCUUUACUCGGUGCCAAACAAGGUGGAUUUGGAGCACUACAUGGUGGUGCUGAAGGAGAACGAAGACCACUUCUUUAAGCACCAGGCAGAUAUGCUUCUGCACGGGAUUAAGGUGGUCUCCUAUGGGGACUGUUUCGACCAUUUCCCAGGCUACGUGCAGGACCUUGCCGUUCAGAUCUGCAGGCAGCGGAGCCCAGAUGCUGAUCGAGUGGACAGCACCACGUUUCUGGGUGAGGCAUGCAGCACGUGUCAGGACUGUGCAAAGAGGAAGCUGGAGGAGAACGGCACUGAAGCUUCCAAAAGACCUCGGCAGCCGGACGCCGGUGACACUGUGCUGGUGUAG